AUGACCAAUUUCCCCAUUACCGAAGGGCAGCUUCUCUCGCUCUUUCUGCAGAGCAUCGGCUACGGUGUACACGCAGUGACCUAUGUGAUCUGCGUAUGGGCUUUGGUGGGUUCGGCGAGAGGGAAAGGGAGGGGCGUGAACUGGCUCUUUCUUGGCAUCGCCACUGCGCUUUUCGUGGUAGGGACGCUGGAUGUGUCCUUCAAUUUUUACCAUGUCCUCAAGGCGUUCAUCUUCUACAAACAAGGGGCCACGGCAGAAUUUGAGCGAAUGUCCGAGUGGGUCAAUGUCCUCAGGAGUGUGUUCAACUUCGUACAGACAUUAAUUGCAGAUGCUGCAGUGAUCUACCGAUGCUGGAUAGUUUACUACCGACAUUGGGGUGUCAUUGCUCUACCGGCUCUCAUCUGGCUCGCAGACGCUGCGGUUGUCAUCGGGGAGGUAUACUACACAGCCACCGACAAAGCAAGCACUUCCGUGGCUAAUGCAUCCCAAGUGGCGCCGUUCCUCUAUUCAUAUCUGGCCUUGACUCUCGCCGACUGUGUGUUGACUACCGGGUUGAUCGUAUACCGUCUGUGGUGGUUCCAACGGCGGUCCUCUCAGCGCCUUGUCAACUCGAAGCGAGCGUCCACGGGUCCGACGACGCUCACCAAGGUCAAUCGCAUCAUCAUCGAGUCGGCACUGAUCUACACGAUAUUGGUGGCGCUCACUAUGAUCGUCGAAUUGGUGCAUAGCAAUGCUGUCUACGCGGUCUCGUCUCUGCUGGUGGAGGUCGCCGGCAUUCAGUUCGACGUGAUCAUCAUCCGCGUCAUUCAAGGGAUCACUGGGGAGCAAUCCCAGCGAGCGGCGGAUUUCACGCAUGUAGAGCUCCGCACGAGGACGGAUGUGGGAGGGAACUGUGCGAGCGGCCCGAAGACAGUGCGGUCCGGCGAGGAGGUCAGUCUCUCGGACCUGGAGUCCUCGAUUAGUGGGGUCAAGCCUGCUAAUGCCAGUGGCAUCAUGCUGACUCAAGUGGUCGAGAGACAUGAGCGGUAG